AUGCAAAGGUCGUUUGUUCCUUCGACUCAUCAGGCCGCAGGACAUGUUGGUUGCUUGGUGUCUCCAGAUAAUGGAACAGUCUUCGCAAAGUUGACUAACCAACAGGAGAUAGAUUUCUAUACUGAAACCCAAAUUCUUGAUGACGAUGAAAAUGUUGAUAAUUCUCCAUUAGGCUCUCAUUUGGGUGAUUGGAUGCCUGUUUAUAUGGGGACAUUGACUCAGGGUGAAAUCAUGUCUAGCUCCCUUCCAGAUACAAGUGGCCUCAAACAACCGCUUUUGCCCACUUUGGAUCAGGAAGUGUUACCCCUGCCAUUAGCAGCACCUUUGCCGAUUCCAGCUAACGCUGACCCAAAUAAAAAGUAUAUUGUAUUGCAAAAUGUCUACUAUGGAUUUUCCAAACCAUCAAUACUUGACAUAAAACUUGGAAAGAUCUUAUACGACGACAAUGCAGAGCCAGAGAAGAAGACGAGGUUGCAAAAAGUAGCAGACUCCACUACUAGUGGUAGUCUUGGGUUUAGAAUAUGUGGGAUGAAGCUCUAUCAUUCUCUGAUUGACCACCCGUCACUGUUAAUUGACGUCCCACCAAUUUUCUCUGAUAUCAGCAAAACAAUCAAGGUUGUGCCAGAACCUGCAACCCAAUCAGUUUACUUGGAAUUCAACAAAUUCUUUGGUAGAUCGCUAAAUGCGGAGAAUGUCAAGCAAGGCUUACUAUUAUUUUUCAAAUCGACUCAAUUGCCUAUGCUGUUCUCUGCAAAAUUGAUUGAAAAAUUCUUAGUAAGACUACAGGCAGUGUAUAAUUGUCUUUUAGAAUCGAAAUCAAGGAUGAUUGCGACCUCGUUGUUAUUUGUUUACGAAAAUGAUGUAACUAAAUGGGAAAGGGUUGUACAAGACAUUGACCAAUACGAUGAGGUAGAUCCCUUGCUUAGAGAUGACUUCUUUGCUGACUCUGAAAGCGAUGAUGAGGAUGAAUAUAGUGCUCCAUUGAGUAGUCUUAGCUUGAUAGAUUUUGCACAUUCGAAAUAUGUCGAAGACGUUAAAACCCAACUGUACGAUGAAAAUGUUAUUGAAGGAAUAUUGAAUCUUAUUGGGAUAUUCGAAGAACUAGUUGAAGACUUGAAAAAUGAUGGAAAUUUAGAAUCAAAAAAGGCAGAUUUGAAAAAAUAA